AAUAUGCAAGAAAAUUAUGAUAAAAUCUUCCUCCUAUUUUAGUGAACCACUAUUAAGAAAGAAAAAUAAAUACUUUACUUAUUCACCAACUGUCCUUCCAGAGAAAUAUAUAUAAAAUACAAUUUUCUCAACACUUUUCUUUCUGUCGAAGGAAUUGCAUUGCAUUAUUUUUCUUGAAAUGCUAUAAAAGGGGCCGCUCCGAGUCGAACUCGGUGGUUCCUCGUCACCGAGUCAACUCACCUUCUCUUCGCUACACUUCUCUGCUGCUUGCCGGCAGGCCCACUGCGUUCCUCCAAGGGAAGAGGAAGACGUCGAGGCGAGCGGAAGCAGAAAGGCGGCUCCUUUACGCCGUUGAGACGCUCUUCUUCCCUACUUGUUUAAUUUUUUUGAGUCGACGGCUCUCUCAAUGUCGGAAAACACUCUUAUUCCUAAAUUUGGGAAUUGGGAUAGAACUUUUCCUUAUUCUCAAUGUUUUGACGAUGUUCGCAAGGGUAGUAGAACUGAAAGGGAAAUGAUCAAUCCACACGACCCCUAUGACAAUCCCGAAGCAUUUUCCGCCAAUAUGUCACUCGCACAAUCACCUGCAACCGCAAGUUAUUCGGAGGCCACAAAGCUCAAGGAUGAGGUGCACAUAAAGAGAGAAGCUAAUCACCGCCACGAGGAUCAAAAAACAUCAGGCAAUCACCGUAGAAUGGCUAGUAGAAGGAGUGGUUCGUCUAACUACAAGAAUAGCCACUCACCACUUCACCAGAGUUGGUCAAGCAGUAGCAGUUCAUUUAUUUCAAAAUCUGCAAGGAGAUCAAGGACGAAUGGUAUCGAAGAUGAUAAUAAGAAGAUCAAGAGAGGCUCGAUCGUGCCUAAGUUUGGAGAUUGGGAUGUGAGCAAUCCUUCUUCAGCUGACGGUUUUACAGUUAUAUUUGACAAAGUGAGGGAAGAAAAACAAGCUGGAGCAACUACAAUUGCCAGUAUGUCUAGUGAAACCACUCAUGUUGAUUGUAAUGGACAUGCACAAAAAUCCUCGGGCUAUUGGUGCUUCGGCUGGUGCAAGUGACUAUUUCAUUAUAAAAUUACGGGCGUGAUCUUGUCUUUAUGUAUGCAUUGUUCUCAAGUUUUGUGUCAUUUUUGUAGCAAUUGUCAUACAUCUCGAUUUUGAAUUGCUGUGUUUUGGUUGGUGAACCAUCAAUAAGUCUAUAGAUU